UUGGAAUUGCGUCCGAGACGCGGUCAGAGGGACUCACAAUAGUGAGGCGAGCUGGGAAUGGAUCAGUUACUGAAACCUUAUUCAACCCAGUACCUCCACACACUCGCCUACAAAAGCAGGACAUUCCCUGGCAGAUAAAACGUCGUGUUGCGCGCUUCAUCGAACCAACCAUCUGUUUGCCCGAGAGGCGGAUAAAGAGGCUUGUUAAGGAUCGAUCCGGACUCCGUGUCAAGUUGGGUUGUAAGCACAACACAAAGCCGGCGGAGCGUUUCUGGAUAGGGUGCUGAGAUCAGCCCAGCCCCCCACCUACAUUCAAACACACCGGACCGGCCUGCUGAUCUUAGCCUGUUGCUGCUGGUGCUGUGUGUGAUUAUAUCGCAACAUAGCUAACGUCAGGCUCUUUUAUAUCUCACGGUUCUCUCCAUCACGCACGUCUGUAAGUAGUUUGGAGUUUUGUUGUUUAGAAGCUAAGUUAAUUUUUUUAACGGUUGUUAGGUUACAGCGCUGUGCAGCUGGCUAAUCUGUUAACGUUAGCUAUAGCACAACGGCGUUUAUAGACUCGCUUGUACGAUGUAGUUUGAUCAUUACAUCUUAUUUUCUUUUUCAAGGACACGGGACCGAACAGACUGGUUUCUUGUAUUAAAACCUGCUUGUCCUAAAUGGUCAGAGUAAACAUACUGGCUAAGUGAAGUCUGUUAUUCAGUGCGACACAAUCUCAUUUACGUUAGUUGAGUGAGGAACUCUUUUAUGGUCCUCGGUAGAUGCAAAAUCGUAUUGAACACGGAAAAUGUGAACGUUAUUCACUAUUUACGGCCUACGUCUGAACAAACUGCCCGUCACUUAAGUUUUUUGAUUGAGUUAUUCAGCCGAAUGUAUGGAGAGAGAGUUUGACACGUUUGCCUCGACCGGAGUUAUCAUCUGAAUGUCCCCCGCAAUUAUUGGAGUUAUUGGACAUUUCCAGCAGAGUGGUUCAUACGGACGCUUUUGUUUGUCUGUUUCUGGCGGAUAACGACAAGGGACUGCCUUGUAAAUUGGCUGUGGUCGUGUGUGUCCCCAUCCUUUGGCUGCUUAAAUCAGUCCCCGAUGCGGAGGGGCUGAGUGUGCCGGGGUCAUGCUGAAGUGUAUCCCGCUGUGGCGGUGCAACCGUCACGUCGAGUCCGUGGAUAAGCGGCACUGCUCGCUCGCCGCGGUGCCCGAUGAGAUCUACCGCUACAGCCGCAGUCUGGAGGAGCUGCUUCUGGACGCAAACCAACUGAGAGAGCUGCCUAAGCCUUUCUUCAGGCUGUCCAAUCUUCGCAAGUUGGGCCUGAGCGACAACGAGAUUCAGAAACUGCCGCCUGACGUGGGCAACUUUAUUCAGCUGGUGGAGCUGGACAUCUCUAGAAAUGAUAUUUCAGAGAUCCCUGAGAACAUUAAAUUCUGUCAGGCCUUGGAGAUUGCAGACUUCAGCGGAAACCCCUUGUCCAGGUUGCCUGAUGGUUUCUCACAGCUCAUAGGACUUGCUCACCUGUCACUCAAUGACGUGUCAUUGCAGUCCCUACCCAAUGACAUUGGAAAUUUGUCCAACCUGGUGACUCUAGAGCUGAGGGAAAAUCUACUGAAGUCUUUACCCACCUCUCUUUCCUUACUGGUUAAACUGGAACAGCUUGAUCUUGGCAGCAAUGUACUGGAAGUUCUGCCUGACACACUUGGGGCACUGCCCAAUCUUCGUGAGCUUUGGUUGGACAGAAACCAGCUCUCCUCACUACCUCCCGAGCUAGGGAACCUGCGGCAGCUGGUUUGCUUGGACGUGUCAGAGAACCGUCUAACAGAGCUUCCCAAAGAGAUCAGCGGCCUUAUCACCCUCACAGACCUGCUGCUCUCCGAGAACCUUCUGGAAGUCUUGCCGGAUAGCAUAAGCUCACUUAAGAAGCUGUCCAUUCUGAAAGUGAACCAGAACCGCUUGGUGCAUCUCACAGACGCAAUUGGCGAGUGUGUGAACCUAACAGAGCUCAUGUUGACUGAGAACCUUCUACAGUCUCUGCCUCGCUCUCUUGGAAAGCUAAAGAAGUUGACAAACUUGAAUGUAGACCGAAACCGUUUAAGCAGCGUGCCGCCUGAGCUGGGAGGAUGUGUCAGCCUGAAUGUGCUCUCCCUCAGAGACAACCGAUUGAGUAAACUGCCUGCUGAGCUCGCCAAUGCCACAGAAUUACACGUGCUGGAUGUGGCAGGCAACAGACUGCAGAACUUGCCGUUUGCAUUGGCCAACCUGAACCUGAAGGCCAUGUGGCUGGCAGAGAACCAGUCUCAGCCCAUGCUGAAGUUCCAGACAGAGGAUGAUGAGCAGACUGGGGAAAAGGUCCUCACCUGUUACCUACUGCCCCAGCAACCCUCAUCCAGUCUCGAGAAUCUGCUUGACCGUAGCGCUGAAGAGACCUGGCCAACAGACUCUAACUUGAACCGAGUAUCAGUCAUACAUUUUAGGGAUGAUGCUAAAAAUGAAGAGGAAGAUGAUGAGACGGCAGCAGAGAGGAGGCAGGGUCUUCAUAGGAGAGCCACACCACAUCCCAGUGAGUUAAAAGUUAUGAAGAACGUUAUUGAAGCCAGAAGAAAUGAGCCUUAUGUAGCCAAGCCAGAUGGAGAGCUGGAGUCCCCAGAAUCCGAGGAAAAGCGGUUAAGUGGGCUAUCCAAUCAAAGUCAUGAUUCUCAGGCAUCCAGUAGCACUGCCUCAGCAACUUCUCACGAUGAGAAGCGGGGAGUAAACCGAACAGGGGUGGUGCUAAACAAUGUACAGGCUCAAGUGGAGGAGGAGCUUGAUGAGAUGGAGGUAGAGUAUACUGAGCCCACCGUGCACUUUGCCGAUGAGCCCAUCAUCCGUGGUGGCGAUGAUGAGGAUAACGAAGACUACGCUGACCGGAGUGACGAGGACUCCCGAACGCCCCCACCUGCAGAGAAACAGCGGCUUAUACGUAAAGACACACCACACUACAAAAAGCACUUCAAGAUCACCAAGCUGCCCAAACCCGAGGCUGUCGCCGCCCUGCUGCAAGGUUUCAGCCCAGACGGGCUCUCAUCUUCUGCUAACACUCCUGAGGAUGAGAGAGAUGGUGAAGAGGAUGAAGAAGAGGAGGAAGAUGGAGGACUUACAGUCAGUACUCCCUUACAGCACAGACUAGAAGCAGUUGAGCUAGAAGACAGCAGGCUGAGUCAUGUGAACUCGUCCCUGCAUCCGGUCAAGGGGGUGUCAUUUGAUCAAGUCAAUAAUCUGCUGAUUGAGCCUGCUCGAAUUGAGGAGGAAGAGCUGACACUGACCAUCCUGAGGCAGACUGGUGGCUUAGGCAUCAGUAUUGCAGGAGGGAAAGGAUCUACACCUUACAAGGGUGAUGAUGAGGGUAUCUUCAUCUCCAGAGUUUCGGAAGAGGGCCCUGCAGCCCGGGCUGGAGUCAAAGUGGGAGACAAACUCCUUGAGGUAAAUGGAGUUGACCUGCAUGGAGCAGAGCAUCAUACAGCUGUCGAGGCCUUGCGUAACUCUGGGACAGCUGUGGUUAUGACCGUCCUGCGGGAACGCAUGGUGGAACCGGAGAACGCCAUCACCACCACACCGCUACGACCGGAGGAUGAUUACUUCCCCCGGGAGAGACGGUCCAGCGGUCUACCUUUUCUCCUGGAGCCGGAAUUGCCGGCCGUUAACACUGGACCCUGUCAGCGACUAGCCACCUGUCUGAUCCGCAACGAUAAAGGUUUAGGAUUCAGUAUCGCUGGAGGGAAAGGGUCAACACCGUACCGAGUAGGAGACAUGGGAAUCUUCAUCUCCCGAAUUGCUGAAGGAGGAGCUGCUCACCGAGACGACAUCCUAAACGUGGGAGACAGGGUCAUAUCAAUCAAUGGUGUAGACAUGACAGAGGCCAGACAUGACCAGGCAGUAGCGCUGCUUACCGGCACCUCCCCCACCAUCACCCUAGUGGUCGAUCGGGAGCAGGCCAGUGCAGGGGGUGCCUCCCCUCGAACGCGUCCUCAUUCCCCGCCUCCUCCCGAGCCUUCUGACUCACCUGAGCAAGAGGAGGGAGGAGACGAGCCCCUCGGAAACCAUCUAAACUGCCCCAUGGAAGAUGAGUACCCCAUUGAGGAAGUAACCCUGGUCAAAGCAGGUGGUCCUCUGGGUUUGAGUAUUGUGGGGGGUAGCGACCAUGCCAGCCACCCCUUUGGAAUCAAUGAGCCGGGAGUGUUCAUAUCAAAGGUUAUUCCUAAUGGAUUGGCCUCUCUGAGUGGGCUGCGUGUAGGUGAUCGUAUCUUGGAGGUAAACUCCAUUGACCUGCGACAUGCCACACACCAGGAAGCCGUCAAAUCCCUGCUCGCCAACAAGCAGGAGAUCCGCAUGCUAGUGCGCAGAGAUCCCUCACCACCUGGCAUGCAGGAGAUUGUCAUUACCAAACAGCCUGGAGAAAAGCUGGGUAUCAGCAUUAGGGGCGGAGCUAAAGGCCAUGCGGGUAACCCCUUUGACCCCACAGAUGAAGGCAUCUUCAUUUCCAAGGUAAGCUCCAGUGGUGCAGCAGCACGAGAUGGGCGUCUGCUGGUGGGCAUGCGUAUUCUCGAGGUUGGCAACAACAGUCUGCUGGGAAUGACACACACCGAAGCUGUGAGAGUCUUGCGUGCUGCCGGUGAUUCCCUGGUCGUGCUUGUAUGUGAUGGCUUUGAUCCAAGAAACGCUGCUGGCAUGGAGGCAUCCCCUGGUGUUAUAGCAAACCCUUUUGCGGCCGGUAUUGUGCGUAAGAACAGUAUGGAAAGCAUCUCAUCAGUUGACAGAGACUUGAGUCCUGAAGAAAUGGACAUUAUUCAAAAGGAGGUGGAAAUGGCGAGGGAGACGUCACAGUGGGAACGGGAGGACAUGGAGAAAGUGGAGCGUAUGCGUUUGGAGCGCGAGGAGGCAACUCGCUUACUGGAGGAGGAAACUGAGAAUUUGAGCACUGGACCAUUAAAACUGGACUACAAAACACUGGCAGCACUACCUACAACCAGUCUACAGAAAGUUAAUAGAGCGUCCCCCUCUGAGCCCCUCCGGAGUGACAGUCCUGUCCGUGAUGCAGCACAUUCUCCAUACAACUCACAGUCAAGCAUUCCUUUUCCCUCAAACGGAAACACCAAAGAUAAUUCAUCAACUAAACCGGGUGCCAUCCAGCCUCUGUCUCGGAAUCGACCCCCUGCGUCUCCAGUCAGUCAGGAUGGCCACAGCAGUCCCAAUCCUUUCCAGCACGGCCUCUCUCCCAUCAACUCUCAGACCACUCCUCGUGCCCCAUCCCCUGACACAUUUGAGGGAUUGAAUAUCAAGCAGGUAUAUAAGGCCUUCGCAGCUGUGCCACACUCCCUGGCCGUACUGGAACCCCCGCAGGAUUUGUAUGCUCAGAGAAACAACGUCAAUGCAAAACAAACAUCUCCAGAGUUGAAUAAUGAGGUGUUUGAGGAUGAUGGUGGUGUACCUCUCACCCCUCGUCCCUCCCUCACCUCUGAUCGCCACGAGUACAGAAGCCUGGCAGCCGUGCCGCGCCUGUCUCGCCCCUCAGUGGAGCAGAAGACACCGCCCACUUUGGGCAGAGGCACCCCAGAACAGCGCUCCUUCAGAGACAGACAGAAGUAUUUCGAGAUUGACGUGAAGCAGCAGACUCCAGACAACACACCCAAACCUCGCGUCUCACUGGUUGGAGAAGAUGACUUGAAGAAAAUGAAAGAGGAAGAAGCUAAGCGAAUUGAACAGAGUUCACAAGAGUAUAUUCUGGAUGAAGAUGAGGAGGAUGACGAGGAAGAUCUUGCCAAGCAGGUGGCAGAUAUGAAGGCUCAUGGAAAGGUUAUUCUGGAUGGUGUGGAGUACAAAGUCGAGAGCAUAGGAAGCCACGGUUCCCCGUCUCCGAUGCACUGCGCCACACCGCCGGGCUAUAACGCUACACCUGUCAGCUCAGGUCCUUCCUCUGUCGAUGGUAAAGGAGACUCCCAGCGAAAUUCUGUGGAUGACAGUUAUAGAUUGGAGCAGAGACCCAAUUCCAUGACUGGUUUGAUCCCGGUUUACCCUGGCGAAUCUGGGGCCCCCAUUCGGACGGCAAAGGCAGAGCGCAGACAUCAAGAGCGCCUGCGCAUGCAAAGCCCCGAGCUUUCCGUUGCUUUGGACAAGGAACUAUCACCUGCUGAAAAACGAGCCCUGGAGGCAGAGAAGAGAGCCAUGUGGAGAGCUGCCAGGCCUUACGGUCUAGAGGAUGACGUAAGGCAGUAUGAGCAAGACCUGGCUAAGCGGCUCUACCAAUCCCGUGUGAGGGCAUCACUAGGCAGUGCUGCAGCCCCUCCCACUUCCUGCUGCUCCUCUUCCUGUCAGCCCAGGAUGAAGUCUUUAGAGCAAGAUGCUUUGAAAGCCCAGAUGGUCAUUGCCAAGUCUAAAGAGGGGAAGAAGCGUGGAGCCCUGGAUCAACUGUCAGAAUCACCGUCUCCUGUCCCCACACCCUCUCCUACACCCAUGGACGAUCUCAGUCCACGGACAGUGACUUCACCAGGCAGACUGUCCCUGUCAGAAAAGAAGUUUGACUACCGACAAUUCGCUGCCAUUCCUUCUUCCAAACCCGUUUACGACAUUCAGUCUCCUGGUGUAACAGAUGACGUGCGUUUCACGGAUGAUGUCUCCAGUAAUCCAGGAGACUUCCUCGGAUAAGUGGUCUUCUAGUAUUGUGUCUGUUUUAGAUACAGAUGUUCCUAUGGCCACCACAUCUGCUCUAGAGGAGAUGGCUCUCUACAGUAACAAGCGCAAACUACGACAGGGUCGCCGCAGCCUGGAGGCGCCAGUGCCCACAUAACCGCAAACUCAAACACUAAUGCAUUUGAACUGUGAAGAUAACACACAUAGUGAUAAUCUAAUGCUGAUGAUGUCACGUAUGACAUAGAAUGCUCACAAAUGCACACCCGUACAAAAUAUUAAACCACUCUUCUUCAGUGCCGACCAGAGAUAGGGAGAUAAGCUUAAAGGGGAAACGGCCUCGUUUCUCCAGAACACUAGUCAUGCCUUUUCAGUUGGUGUUGAAAAGGGUUUCUCAUAUUUUAUUGUAACUGGUCCAGAAGAUGGCGAAAUCAUUAUUUGGCCACUAUAAUGUACUCGUUUUAACCCAUCUUUCUGUCUGUCAUCGUUUUUAAAGUUAUUUUAAGAGAUGGUGUUUAUUUUUUUUAACACAUUGAAACCUCUAGAAAUGAAAAUGUUUUGGACAAAAUUUAGAAAGACUGAAAAAUAGAUUUUUAACUGUUUAUGAUUUGGGAGAUUUAAUUUGAAGACAACAUACUGCUACCUUCACUGCCCCAUCAGAAAAAGGUUUUAUUUCUUUUAAAUCUAAUUUAUUAAUGUAAUAUACUGUUUUUAAUCUGUGGGAAUCCAUAAGAAUAGAGGAACUAAUGGUGGCUUUUUGAUGCUUGUAUAAAAUGAUUAGUUGUGAUUUUGGGAUGAAUUUCGGGAUUUGGAAACAUUUCCUUGCAUGCAACAUUCAGCAUUGACAAUGAGGCCUUGGCAUAAAGCUUUAUUUCCAUUUUUGUAUCCAUAUCACUUUUAAAACCUGUUUUAAAGAUGCAAAUGAAUGUAAUAUUUUUAAAGGGUUGCAUCUGACCUUCCUCGAAGAUCUGUUACAAACCUUUUUGUAAAUUGUAUCAUCACAGCAUAUCAUGAAGAUUGACCUACCGUAUGGUAGAAGUGUCCUUCUAAACCUGUUAAAUAUAAUUGUAGUCUUCCUGUACCUGACUAGGAGAGAUAAAUGAAGUGUGUAAUGCUC